UCACUGUCUUCUAAUCUCAAAACACUUUUUCCAAGGGAAGGGAAUUAAUUCUGUCUGAUUGAGGAGGAAGUAGGAGUAGGGUGAUGAACGGCGCAUCUCCAGCUCAUUCGUCGGUAUCGACAACAGCCGUAGCAGGAGGCGGUGGAAGCAGCGGAGCCGCAGCUGGACUAGACGAUUUCCCUUUUCCACCCGAUAUUCCUUCUAUGCAGGAUCGAAAGGACGAUGCCAUGCGAGUUUUGAAAACUGAUUUGAUGGAUGAGCUAGACAAGGAGGUUAAAUCAUUGGAACAAGACAGUUGGAUGUUCCAAGGUCCUCGUUCUCGUAUCCAUCUUAUCUCCAGAAGAGGUAACUUUCUCAGGCGAGACGGUGAGGCUGUGUUAAAAUCAAACAUUGUUCAGCUGCCCAGAUGAUCAGAAGAAGAAAAAUUCAGAAAAAAAAAAAGAGUCGAGAAAGCUUUGAUUGAUACAUCUCUUUGGUUACAAAUGCCUCCCUUUCCUAGUACUAUUUUUUUUUUUGUUAAAAUAGUCUCUGCCUUCAUGCCAAAAAGAAGAAGCUACUGUAUCUGUAAUUGAUUGUUGAGUCUAAAAGUAAAAUCUCAAGCCUAUGUUUCGUUUCCAGAUUUUAUAUUUGAAAACAUCAUUUGGUUGAGUGA